AUGCCGAACACACACCUGAACAGCCCCACGGCUGAUGUCGAGGAUAAAGACGACUCUAAUCAGCUGGGUGCCAAGCAAGACUCAAAAGAGUCUGCGGCGGAGCCAACAACCGAGCGAAAAAAGCGUACAAGAACUGGCUGCCUCAAUUGCAGCCGCGGUCGCCGAAAAUGUGACGAAGCGAAGCCAAUGUGCACUAGAUGCAAACGCCGAGGGGACAAGUGCCAAUGGCGUAUGCUAGGCUCAUUCCGCGAUGCAAACAUCAAAGUCUUGGAGUCUGACCAUCCAUCGAUGAGCCAGGGUGGGGCAGUGAGCAAAGAUAAACGUCAAAGUAGAUUCAAAAUCCUGAAUGCUUUACCAAACAAUACUGCACAAGCCGGAGAAUCGAAGACGCAAAGUCAAAAAGCUUUUGAUGAAGCUGAGUGUUAUGGCUCACUUUCUUCGACGGAAAUCCAAGGUGAUGCUGAUGGCGAUCAUAACAUGAGAGUUGACUAUGAAUCGCCCCCAGGACGCCCUUCUGCCGCAGAAGUUAAUCCCCACUCAGUCGCUUCCCUGCUUGCACAAAGACUUCCAGGCUCUGGCUCAGCUGCUGGUCAGGGGCUGUCCCCGCCAUUAUCGAGCGGGGAGAGCACCAAUUAUACCAAUAUACACGAGACCUCGAACCAACCAGAAUAUCGACCUUCAAUUUCCAGCGACCCUUCACCACACACCCAUAUCAAUUCCACUCCUGUGUUUGUGGUGGACGAGGUCACUGCCUCGAGAGACUCACCUCAGGAUGUUCAGUUCCACUCUUCUGUUGCGGAUUCCUACCAGUCUGUUCCGUCCUCUCUCUUUGAUAAUAGCGUCUUCUCCGAUCCAGCAGAUUUUGUCAAUGACGUCUUUCUCCCCGGAACAGCUUAUGAAGCUCUACACACCACUCUCCGCAAUCGUCAACUAUGGACUGCCAGGCUGGAUGUACCCAGUCGGCGGAGUUCACCGGAUUCUGUCCCAUUUAUUCAUACUCCAGAGGCAUCUACGGGCGUGAGCUCUGUAGCGAGGACAGAAACAGACGCUUGCCGCUCCGGAACAGAUCGGCUUUUUAAAUUGUCGCCGCAAAGAGAACACGUCCUGUGGCAGAACUACUUAACUGAGAUCUGCUCUUGGCUCGAUAUGUUUGAUAGCAGCCACCAUUUUGCCUCUACAUUCCCCCAGAUGGCCAAGUCGGCACCUCAUCUUCGCUAUUCAAUUCUAUCUUUGUCUGCUCGCCAGCUUGAAAGGCAGAAGAAUGAGAAAUCUCAGUCAGAAAGCCUGUCUCUUUACCAGGAGGCCAUUCAUCUCCUUCUCCCUGAACUGGAGAGUAAGACCACGCCGGUAAUUGCUUCUUGUGUUAUAUUGUGUGUGCUGGAGAUGUUAAGUUGUAAUCCCAAAGAAUGGCGUCGUCAUCUCGACGGGUGUGCAUACUUGAUCCAAGCAGCCGGAAUCAAUGGCUUCUCAGGGAAAGAAGAGCAAGCAUUGUUCUGGUGUUUCGCACGAAUGGAUGUUUGUGGUGGCCUGAUUUCGGAGGAAGAAACUAUAAUUCCCAUCCACAACUGGAGGCCCAGUGAUAUGAGCGCAGCCGAGGCAUCACGACUUUUCCUCUCAUCUGCAAAAAGCAACUUCGACACUUAUGCCAAUUACACGGUCUAUCUCAGUGCGGAAACUGUUGGGUUACUCUUUGGCUGGGCAGCGAAGAUGACAUACCCUUGUACGUCAUGCCAAUCUGCUGCCAACGAGGAUGGCACAACAUAUAUCCAUCGCUGGGAGGAGCUUUUUGGUCGCGUGGAACAAUGGUACGAGAGUCGACCGAGCCAGAUGAAGUCUAUUUUCAACUUCGGCACACCUGGUCAUGGUGGAAAAGAUCAACCGUUUCCGACAGUGAUAUAUGGAAACGGGGCCGCAAGCAAGUUCUUGCCUUGUCACCGUUUGAAUUCAAGUAAUCUAAUCUCAGACAGUUUCUGGAAAUCAACUAUACCACACCUGCGCUCUGUUAUUGCUUCAGAGAAGGCCCAAAACACUGAUUCUGUCCAGGAGACCUGUGAGUUUCUUCGCUCUGUUCUGUGGCAUUCUCGGAAGAUAUGCGCCAUCUCUGCCUCUAAUGCGCACCACGGCUGCUGGACGAAUGCUCUCCAACCACUGUGGAUUGCUGGAAAGGUCAUGUCACACCACUCGGAGCACCAAGCUAUUAUUGAGACUUUGAUUCGCAUCGAGCGAGAUACCGGGUGGGCUACUGCGUGGCGGGUCGAAGACUUGAAGGAAUUCUGGGGGGAGUAUGAUAAUGAUGAGGAUGAAUGCGGCGUUGAUGUCGAAUAG